ACUCUCAAAUGUGUAAUCUCUACUCUCAAUGGGAGCUUGGCUGGCUUUUCUUUGGACUUCAGUUGCUACGCAGGGUUACGCUCAUGAUGCUGUAUUGAACCAAAAAAAUGCUAGGCAUUAUUUUUUUUUUUUUUUUUUUUUUUACUCUUUGUUCUUUGUUUUUCUUGCACGGGUUCAUGGCAUUGUUUCUACCAUGUUCUUUUCUUCUAUUUUUCUUUUUGCCUUGUUUCUUUUUUUCUAUUUAUUUAAUUUUCCUUUCCAACCUCUCAUUCUUGCUGUCGACUUUGCAUAUUUCAAUUUUCCUGUACCACUUAGUUUCGACUUUGAUUGGGGUUAUGUUUAUGGAAUCUGACUGAUGAGAUGAUCUGGGAGGGAAAAAUACCAGACAACGAACGAUAUUUGGGAUGACUCUUUCUCUUUUUUUCUAUUUUGAUAU